AUGGGAGAUUGCGUAUACAAGCAGUUUUUGCAGUUUCGCUGGUUUCUGGAAGAAACAUUCGAAAGAAAAAGGGGUGAGAAAGAGAGCCAGUUGGGUUACUCUCGGGAGAAACCAGACAGUCGGGGAGCAAGGGAACAUGAAGGAGUGGAGGCUGAACAAGGGCGGGAUGUGGGGUGGGGGGAGAGCAGAAGUGUCUGGGAGUACGGUGCGUUUCAGGAUGCGCAGGGAUAUCGGAGCGCGGUGGCGGGAAGACAGGACAGCAAGCAGGUAGAGACGAGCUCCCACCCAGCUUAUGGUUUUUUUACGAGUCAAGCAUUGAUCGAGAGAGGAGGCCAAGAAGAUGAAACAAUGCACUGUCUGUUCCAACUUCUAUGUUCCGGUGCCGGGGAAGUGAGGAUGAGCAAGGCGUACUUGAUCUCUUGA